AUGUUAUCACUUGUGCUUGGAAUAAUUUCUUCAGGUAUAUUACUCAGCUUUUUGUGUUUGGUAUGCUUCCCUAUAGGCUUGCCAUGGAGCUUACCAACUAUUCCAAUUUAUGUUUCGUUUCUACCCAUCCUAACGGACAUGGAUCAGCUCGAAAUAUUUGAGCGAUACAUUAGACACCCGAUGGAAAAGUAUGGUGCUGUUAAAAUAUUCUUCGCUAAUCGUUGGAAUAUUUUGACCUCGAAGCCUGAAUUUUUGAACAUCAUGUUUAGAGAUGAAGACACUUUUGCUAAAAGUGGAAACCAGAAAAAGAUUCCAUACUCGUUACUAGCGAAAUAUACUGGUGACAAUGUGAUAAGUGCUCAUGGAAAGGUCUGGAUGAAAUAUAGAAGCUGCAUCCAAAAUCAGCUAAACGUCUUUGAUUCGAAACCUUUGAUAGAUAAUGCUCAAUUAUUUGUGAAAUUGCUCAAAAAGAGCAUUGAAGAUAAUACUGAAGGGACCGUCCUUUUACCACCAUUGAUUCAAAGAUUGACACUUGCAAAUAUUGCAAAAAUUGCUCUUGGAUUUGAUAUUGGCACCUUGAAGUUUGAUGAGCAUGACAACAUAUGCAGGAGUAGGCUUCAUGAGAAAUUAAAUCAAGUGAAGCAGCAGAUUUUCAAGCCAGUAUUUCUAUCUUUCCCAUUCCUUGACUUAUUACCUAUAAAAAGUAGACAGAGGGCCAAAAUUGAUAUUAUACAAUUCCGGGACAUGCUUCUUGAUACCGUUUAUAAGAAUCUCAUUCAUAACUAUAAAUUCGAACAAACGAAUAAUGCUGCUGCCGGUUUGAUAAGAGAAUGGAAGUUGCAAGGUAUAACUGAUGAGCAAUUGAAAGAUAACCUAGUAAUAAUUUUGGUUGCGGGCCACGAGAACCCACAACUACUUUUGUCCACACUCUUUUAUUUGCUUGCUAAGCAUCAAAAUUGGCAGUACGCUAUAAGAGAGGAACUUUUAUCAGUUGAUAGAAAUGAAGAUAUCUUGAAUAGCUUUAAAUUGACCGCCUUUAUUUAUGAGGCUCUAAGAAUGUUUCCUCCUUUAGGCCAAAUUAUCAAUAGAAGGACGACGAGAAAAUGUCAGUUGGGUCCAGGAAUUAUUAUUGAUAAAGAUGUUUACUGUGGUUAUAACGUUUAUGGAACAGGCACUGCUACAUCAGUAUGGGGAGAAACAGCCAAACAAUUCAUACCAGAAAGAUGGGGAGAAAAUUCCAAUGAGCUAGCAAAUAAUUGGAAAAAGCAUAAAUACGAUGCAUCAAUGUCUGCGUUUCAUGGUGGUAGAAGAUCCUGUCUUGGCGAAAAACUUGCUCUCAUGGAGAUGAAAUAUGUUCUAUACUAUGUUUUGAUGAACUUUCAUAUUGAAUUGCAUCCACAAUGGAAGGAAAAAAUGACACCAGCCGGACCAAUUUGUCCUAAAAUGCUCAAGGUGAAAUUGACCAUAUUAAAAGAUCCACAAGAUCAGAGAUCAGAUUCUCUUUACUCAAGCGCUGGGGAGACGUUGAGCGAAAAUAUAUAA